CCCUCCUGAGGCCGCCCUCUGGACCCCCAUACGAUGAAUCUACCGCCACCGCAAUGCACCGAGGAAUAGCGUCCAUCCACGUAUGUACAAGCCACUGCUGAGACAGGUGCCAACUCACGUACCGGUAAGGCCGCCACUGCUGGCCGGCCGUUAGUGGGCGGGAUUUCUUUCUUGUCGGAGGUCUCUUUUCGAGAUGUACCUUUCGCCUACGCCUCACUUCUGUUUUCCGUAGCAUCGCCGAGCUCGCAGUGUCGAAUCUGGAGAAACCAGCGGGUGUGGAGAGGGCCCACAAUGCGAUCAGGAUGUCUAUGAGGCGCGAUCACUCGUUCACGCCUGGUGCGAACGGCUAUGAUGAGCAUAGAACGUACGAUCGAGCUGGACAUGAACCUCUCCAGCAUUCAUACCAUGUCCCGUCCAUUGCGUCCCCGUCGACCUAUCGUCUUACCAAUAUAUCUCCGGAGGUGAUCAUCAAUCCAGACUGGCCACCUUCCAUCCGCCAAGCUGCAGAGAAUGCUCUGUGGUCGCCGUACGAUACUGCUAUAGCCCAGGAUACGUCUCCAAAUGAAACAAUGUACCCAGCAGUCGCUGCAACGCCCUUCUCUUUCUACAACCAGAACUUUGAAAUGGCCCUCCCACAGAUGGAAUAUGCCCUUGAACUACCGUCUGAUGAUCCACUGUCGCCGGGCUCUCCAGGAAGAAACACAAACUCGGCGAUAGAUAACUCAGAUGAUAUCUUCAGUCUUAUCAACUCAAAUGAUACUGCAGGAUCGCGCACCAGUGGGGGCAGUAGUAUUUGGAGCGAUCAUGGCUCCCCGUCCGGCACGUUGGAGUACCAUCUGAUCGGAACUCGCACCACCACCGAUGUGUCGGAAACGGAGAACCUGCCAGUUAGAACGGAAACCCAUCGAACCACUCAACUGGACAUCCCUGCCCACUCUAGGUAGAUACUUCCUCCGCCCUAGACAUCAGCAACUAACCGUUACGUAGCUCCAACACUCAAACUCUGACUUGUCCUCGUUGCCCGAACAAACAGUAUACCGGCAACUGGGCCCAU